AUGUCGACCAGUGGUCCCACGAGCAUGUAUGACGGUUACCUGAAGCGUGAUGUUCAACAACCUGAUGUCGAUUCUCCGCAGCAAGAUGGUGAUGGCGAUGAUGGUGAUCAUAGAGGCGUAGGAGAUAGCCACCCUCCUCGUGAUGAUCAUGGCAUAGUGGAGAAUCAAUGGGCAUCGGGACAGCAGUGGUGGAGUGACGGAUGGCAACGCCAGUGGGGUCACUCAUGGGGCAAUGACAGUCGGAACUGGGAUCGCUCAGGGUGGGCUCAGGAUGUCAGUUCAAGUGCUGUCCAAGAUGGGACGUGGUACGACUCUCGGCCCUGGGGGUCGACCUCUACAGGAACGGGGUCUCUGGACGGAGGCCAAGAUCGGGACUCCAAGGACUCAUCCUUGGACGCUUGGGGUCGCCACGUGUCUGGCAGCGACUCAAGGACCUACCAAGGCGGUGGACGGCAACCAGACGGAUGGCGCCCCUCAACGGACGCCCAAGGCACUCCGUAUGAAGCAAAGAGAGGAGAGUUCAGCCGUGGACCCUCGGAGAAGAUGAUCGUCCCGAGCUUCUCUGGCCUGACUCCCUCCUCCGGUGACGACUUGGGCACUUCAGCUCGUUCGUAUCUCAGGCAAGUAUCUGCUUGGAGGCGGAUGACGAGGAUGAGUGAGGACCAACAGGCCCUCACCCUGUACCAGCACCUGACGGACCGUGCCUGGGUGGACGCAGAAAGGCUCGACAUGGACAAGCUCGGGAGCAAGUGCGGCGUCGACUACCUGGUGGAGUGGGUCAAAGAUCGAUACCUGGAUGUUCAGGUGACGCAAAUUGGCCGAAGUUUAUCCGGGUUCUUCCGGAGCCUACACCGGAAGACGAAUCAAUCGAUUCGUGACUACAUGGCGGAGUUUGACAGGGCGCACUCCCGGCUUCAAGAAGUCGGCUGUCAACUGCCGGAUGUUGCUGUGGCAUGGGUCUUCGUGGAUAGGAUGGGACUGGAAGAACAGGCGGAACUGAAUCUGCUUGCUUCGGUGGGCAACCAGCACUCCAGCAGGAAAGAUUGGGCGCCUCGCAAGCCUUUCUCGGCGAAUCUCGCCGGGGUCGAUGAGAACGGGUCCUACGAGGUCUACGAGGCUUUCGAGUUGGACGAGGGCAACGAGGACGCCGUUCCAGAGGAAGUGGCUCAGGAGCUCUACCAGGCCUACAUGACACACGAGUCGGCCAAGCAACGAUACCGAGAAAAUGCUAAACUCAGGGGCUCCGACCCGGAUUCUCUCAAGCAGCUGGCCAGCGACAAGCUCAAGGCAGCGAAAGCUCGCUCCUUCUGCGCGGGCUGCAAGAGGCGCGGUCACUGGCACAAAGACAGCGUCUGCCCUUUGAACCAGGCCAACGCGGGCAACUCUGGAACCAGCGGCAACAAGGCGGGAUCCUCUACGGCUACUGUUGGGAAGGACAAUGCUAAGGCGAUGUACCCCUGCCACGUGGUCCAUGUCACUUGGGAGAUCGAGGGCUUCGUCAACAAGGACCUGUUGGCGAUCACCGAUACAGCUUGCUCGCGCUCAGUGGCAGGCGCGGCGUGGGUGGACUCCUACCUGGCCGAGGCUCGGAAGAUGGAAUGCGAUCCACAGUUCACCUCGUGCCGUGAGGCUUUCAAGUUUGGAGCUUCAAAGGUGUUUGUUGCGAGCUACGGGAUCAUCCUUUGCUUCGAGCUCGGUGGGUUCCGGAUUGGACUCAGGGUCGCCGUAGUGAACGGCGACGUCCCAUUGUUGGUCUCGCGCGGUGCCCUCGGGAAGAUGGGAAUGCUACUCGAUGUGGCCGAGAAUAAAGCCUCUUUCAAGGCCCUCGGCGUCUACGACAUGGAGUUGGAGAUCACCGAGACUGGCCACCCGGCGUUCCAGAUUAGGCCAGCCCCCUUGCCGAAGUGUUUUGGCGCAGACUCCAAAUGGGAGUCUACAGAGAUCGUGAUCUUUCCGCAGGGUGAGCAAUACACGAGUGCAGCCAAGGGGAAGGGAUGCGAUGAUGUUUUGGGCGAUGAUGCUUCAGGUUCAUCGGCGAGUUCGGGAUCUUUGCCUUGUAUGACUAGUUGGAUGGUGAGCUCUAUGGAAGUUGGUGAUGAGCAUGGUGGAGGUGGUGAAAGAGAUGCUCUUCCUGAAGAACCCCGAAGUCCUAAAGGAGAUCCCGGGUAUUGUCCUCUGUUCUAUCCUAAGAAAAUCGGGCUUGCUACCAAGAACUUCCUCCUCGAUCCCAACUUCAAUCCCACAACCUUUGCUACUUGGUGGUCAUCUACAAGUAUCUCCAACGAUUUCUGGAUUGAAAGAGCAUUCAUGCUUUGUCUUGCAAGAGCCACAGAGAGUUUCCGGAAGUGCACGGUUUGUGGCAAGCCCCCAGUGAUGAUGGAUCUUUUCCGGUUCUUUGGAUCGGCAGAAGUGUCUUUCGUAGACGACUUUCGAUGCCCCGCUCGCUUUCUCCCCGCGCUCUUUCGGCAGAUGGCUCAGAGCACGGACCUCCUGACCGCUCCUGUCGUCACCCGGGCAAAGACGCUGUCGGAGUUCACGAAGGCGGAACUCUUGGCGGAAGCUCAAGCCAGGAACUUGUGGGUGCACCAAAAAUGGACCGUCACGGAGCUGAGGUCCGCAAUCCAGGAGGACCGGCGCAAUCCCUCAGCCAACCACCCGGCGAAUGUCACCAAGGGGAUGGGCAGCAUGACCUUGGAGGACCUCAAGAUCCGUGCGAUGGAGAUGAACUACUUGCUGCCCCAGUACGCCACCCGCGGCACGAUUAUGAGGAUCUUGAGGGACCAGGGCGGGAUGGGACCCGAUUCCAUCCUGGGGUUCGGGAGGUUCAAAGGGAAAGCCUACAAGGACACUCCGGUGUCCUACCGGACAUGGGCCGUGCGAGAAGUGGAAAGCAACGACAACCCGUCGGAGGACUUGGUCCUCUACGCGAACUGGUGGAAGGGCGAGAUGCACAAGUGGAACCCGGAGACCCAGGAGAUCAAGGACCCCUUCGAUGCAGAGGAGUGUGCGACGAUCCCCUACGUGGACGACGGGAGCUCUACGGCAUCCUGGGAUCUUCUACACCGGGAGGCCCUGGCAGUGUCCCAAGCGGCGACGCCGAAGUCCAAGGCCGCGGGCUAUCCAGUUCAAGCGCCGAGGAUGGACCAGGAAGUGCCCCCGGAGAUCAGCGACGAGAUGCGAUGCUUGGAGGUCCAGGACGGCGGCGCGGAGGAGUUCUAUGACUGCGAGGAGGCGCACCCCGACGGCGAUAACGGAGCCGAGGAAGACGAUGAGAACUACGACGACUUCCUCUACCACCUCGACUUCGACGAGUCUGAGAAUCAACCCAGGACGCUAGGCGAACCUACUCAUGAAGCGAUGGUCACCGGAGGCAGUGGGGAUGUAGUCCAACGUAAGGCCACCGGAACCAAAGCGGCUGAGGCGGAGACCUGCGAGAUGAUUGCCCGGGAGAAGCUCAACCUCAAGCUCUUCACCUACGAGGACCUGCUGGAACUGGCAAGGACGGUCCCCCUUCGGAGGACCCCCAAAGGAAAGGGCUUGCAGAGAGGCGGCGGAGGAUCUCUCGAGUACUUCCUUGCCGGGAUGUAUACCUAUGGUCCGAUGAGCGGGAUUUCCAAGGCCAGUCAAAGCCUUCCUUGGACGGUGAAGUACAUGAACUCUUUCAUGAAGGUCCAGGGCUUCGGGCAGUGGUCAUCCUUCGUCCUGUUCAAGAACGCCGCAACCUCCGUGCACGCCGACGUACACAACCUUCCGAACACCACGGUGAAGACGGUGUCCUUUGGUCCUUUCUCCGGAGGAGAACUAUGGAUGAGCGAUUCGGAUCGGGCGACAGACACGCCCGGCACUCAAUGGAGGACCGAUGCGCAAGGCAAUCUUCUCCCCGGCUACAACGUGAAGACCAAGAACUCCGUGUACACCUUCAACGGGAAGAUCAAGCAUGCCACCCAACCGUGGGACGGAGAGCGCUGGACUUUGUCAUGCUUCACCACUCGGGGUUUCCAACAGAGCACCGUGGCCGAGCGCGAUCAACUCCGUGAUCUUCGCUUUCCUCUCCGCGGAAUACCUCUGCGACCCCCGGAAUGUGACGAAGAUCCUCCUCGAGCUGUUCGGCAUCGCCCUAUGAAGAGCAUCAGGAAAGGACUUUGGAAGAAGGCCAGUCGACUGGCCGCCCUGACUACAUGGUGUACGAUGGCUGGAACAUCCUGUACGGCGACCCACUACCCGCUCUCACGGGGACCUGAAGCAGUGGCCUUUUUCGAGAUCGGAGGCUUCCACAAGACUCUGGAGAUCACCGACUUGAACUACCUGGCGGCGGAACCCUACGGCUACUCCCAUGGAGGAGAGGAUCCCCAACCUAUCGAGGCCAUUUACGACACCAUCCGUGAGUUCAAUCCAGCAGUUGUGUGGCUUCACGCCAAGACCACAGCCUCCUACGUCAAGGACAUCACCGGAUACCUAUGUGAGCACGUGGAUCAAGGCCGGCAACUUGCUAUAGAAGCUACUCCCGAUGAUCCCUGCUGGGAGAAUGAAGGAAUCAAGGACUUACUGGCGAGGUACGACGGCAAAUGGCACCACCGUUGCGAGGAACCUGAUGUACUACGAGUUAACGACGACUACCGCCAGGACCACCGACACCCCGACGAUGAGGUGGUUCCCGAGUUCCAUGCCUACGUGACCGAGUACAAGCCCGAGGUUGAGGAUGGUAACGGGGCGGAUGGGGUUGCAAAGACCGGCGCCGAAGCGAUCUCCUUUGAGAAGGGCAAGAACCUGGCCUCAGAAGUGAAAUCCUCACUUAGGCGCCUCCAUCAAAAUCUUGGGCAUCCCUCAAAUACCGACUUGGCGAGGCAUUUGAGGCUGGCGGGUGCGGACCCCGUCGUGGUGGACGCGUGCAAACGUCUUCAGUGUCAAGUUUGUCAGCGGAACAAAAGAGGGGCGACACCCAAGCCGGCGUCUUUGCCAAAUUUACUGGAGUUUAACCAGGUGGUCGCGGUGGAUGCGUUCUACGUCUACGACUGCGACGGCGAGAAGGUGGAACUCAUGACGGCGAUCGAUGUCGGUACUGGUUUUGCUUUGGCAGGCGAACUACGAGGACACUCCACGCGGACAAUGGAGGAUUCUUUCUGUGCCUUGUGGAGCAACACUUUUGGGGCUCCUGGAACUUUGGUGGUGGAUCUGGAAUCCGGCCUCCAGGCUGGACUCGCGAGGUUCAGUGAGUGGCAUGGCUCUUACAUCCGGCCUAUUGCCGGACAGGCGCAUUGGCAGAAUGGAACAGUCGAGAGAGCCAUUCGGACGUGGAAGGAAGUAUGGUCCCGUUUGGUCGAUGAGCGGUCGGCUACGUCGGAUGAGGCCAACAUGGUUGUCACGGCCGUGAAUAACGCAAUGAACACCCUGAGAAGGGAUGCCGGCUUUAGCCCGGCACAAGCAGUUUGGGGACGUGAUCCUCGGCUUCCCGAAGACGUCCACAACUCCUUCCAGGAUGACCAUGUGGAGCAUAUCAUCAGCCGAGACCGACAACGUGCCAGAGAACACACCGUGAGGAUCGCUGCGAAGGAAGCUUACUUCAAAGUCCGGAACGAUGCGAAGCUUCGGAAAGGUCUGUUGCAGCGCUCCAGAGUUGGAGGUCCUGAACUCGACGUGGGCUGCCACGUCUUCUUCUACCGGAAGCCCAAGAAUAACAAGAAUUGGGUUUGGCAUGGACCUGGGGUUGUGAUUGGCAGAGAAGGGCCAAACUACUGGGUGUCCUUCUCCGGGCGUUGCCAUCUGGUGGCCCCAGAACACCUGAGACUCGCAAGUUCCGAGGAAUUGGGCGCAGCUUUCACUCUCAGGUCAACGAAAGAAGAUUUGGAGAAGCUGCUGGAACAAGACUUUGGUGAUGAAGAGCUCUACGACCAGACCGAGGAGAUGGACGUGGAUCCUGAACUACCACCUGGCGACGAUCACCAAGAUGGAGACGGUGUUGACGGUCCCCAUCAUGGACGCCAACGUGGAGAAAGCAGUAGGAGAAGGGAUGGCGACCCGCCUGCUCCCGUCACCAAGCGGCACAGGACAAAAGGCCCCGAGGUCCUCGAGAACUCCGACCCCCACGCUACCUUUAUGAUGAAGCUCCCGAAGACCCCUAGGGGAAGAGAGAAGGCCCUCGAGAAGGAGAUCCCUUGGUCCAUGGUGCCCGAAGACCAGAAACCUAACUUUCGCCAGGCCGAACGCAAGCAGUACGACGAGCAUCGGGAACAUGGGGCACUUGACCCACUUUCUGUCGAGGACAGUCGGAGGAUUGCGCGAGAGCGACCAGAGCGGGUUCUGAAUAGCAGGUUUGCUUAUCGGGACAAGCACUGGUCUCGUCGCCGAGAGAGCCCAGACGUGGGAUGGAAACCGAAGGCGAGGCUGGUGAUAGCGGGACACCGAGAUCCCGACCUCCUAUCCGGACUCCCUACGCAUGCGCCAACGAUUUCUCGCCAGGGCAUACACCUACUCCUCCAGAUCCUCGCGUCGAACCUGAACAAGGGAUGGAAGGGAUACGCCGGCGAUGUGACAGCCGCCUUUCUCUGUGGGGAGGACUUGGAGCGUGAACUUUAUCUACGACAACCAAAGACCGGGCUCGGCGAUCUCCACCCGGAACAACUCUUGCGUAUACGGAAACCCAUCUUUGGCCUUGUGGACUCCCCGGCAGCAUGGUGGACGAAAUUCCACCGUACCCUCAAGGGCAUGAAGAUCCGGGAUGGAGACACCGAAUGGAUGGUGGUCCAAAGUACUUUGGAUCACUGCGUGUUCAUGGUCCAGAAGGUCACGGGCUACGACGAGAACGGAGAGCCCCGACUUGAGGCUCCCAGCGCCUACCUGGGUGUCCAUGUCGAUGAUGUUCUGCUGGGGCGACUAAGUGCAGAGUUCCCAAUCCAGGAUUGGGAAGAGGAAAAGUUCGAGUACGUGGGCUCUUUCAUCGAGAUCCUCGAGGACCGCGUUAAGGUGACCCAGGCGAGCUACGCGAACACGAGGCUCUUCCAGGUCGAUGUGGAGCGAAGUAGUCCUGACCACUUCGAGGCCAGCGAGAUCGAGAAGCACGACAACCAGUCGCUGAUCGGCGCCCUCUCAUGGAUGGCAAGUCAGACGCGUCCUGAUUUGCAGGUUGGCGUCUCUAUGUGCCAGCAAUGCCAGAAGUCACCAACGGUUGGGGAUGUGAGAUUCACAAACCAACUGGCCCGACGGGCUAUGGAACAUAAGGAGGAGGGCCUGACCUUCUUCCCGGUGAACCUCGACUGCGCCGUCCUGCUCUGCUAUCAUGAUGCCGGGUGGGCAAACGUCCCGCAGAACGAUGAGGACCCCUUCUACAAGCUGACCGAUGAGGAAAACUUACAAGGGAGAUUCCAGGACGGCCCGCUAGCAAGAAGGGAGGCGAAGAUGAAGAAGACGAAUUCUACUAUCGCAUCCCAACUGGGCGGCCUCUACGUGCUGGCAGACGACAAGAUUCUCUCCGGUGGAGAGAGCCAUGGAAGCAUCCUGGAUUGGCGCAGCGGAGCCUGUGAAAGAGUAUGUCGUUCCACCUUCGCGGCAGAGACAAUGGCAUGCGGGACAGCAACGGAAACAGGAGACUUCAUCGCGAAGUUUCUUGAGACCCUGCUCACCGGAAAGCUGGCCCGCAACUCGACUCGGUUCCAGAUUCGAUUUCUGAGCGACUGCCGCAGUUUGUAUGAUCAUUUGACCCGGGACGGAGUCCCGCGAGUCCCUACCUGCAAAAGGCUUUCGAUAGAUUUGGCGGCCAUCCGCCAGGAUCUAAAGAGUUUCGGGCGAAUCGCAUGGGUGCCCACUUGGGCGCAACUUGCGGAUCUGCUCACAAAGCCUCUCCGUCCAGAGAGCUGGUGGGAGACGAUAAAGUCUCCCUUGAAGCUUACCUUCCGAGAAGAGGGAGGGAAAACUUGUAUAGAUAAAGUCUAUUUGGAACCAGUGUAA